AUGGGCUCCAGCAUCUUCCCACUCUGCCUAACACUUCUACUAUAUUCUGUGUAUGGUACUCCAGUCUCUGAUGGGCAUCACUCCAGUGAAGCUGCAGCAGGUGCUGAUGCUGGUGAGAUAAUAAUAGACAUUCCAGAGAUAAACUUAGCUGCUGGACUGGAUCUCUUUCAAGGUGAUAUCUUGCUCCCUCAAAACGAGCGCAAUGCCCUACGGAAUGAGACCUACAGAUGGAAGUUCCCCAUUCCAUACAUUCUGGGUGAUAACCUAGAUCUGAAUGCCAAAGGAGUCAUUCUUCAGGCAUUUGAAAUGUUCCGUCUGAAGUCUUGCAUUGAUUUCAAGCCAUAUGAAGGAGAGGAAACCUACAUAUUCUUUAAAAAAGAAAUUGGGUGUUGGUCCAUGGUGGGGAACCUGCAGACUGGACAAACCCUCUCUAUUGGGGAGAGGUGUGACUACAGAGCAAUUGUAGAACAUGAGAUCCUGCAUGCUUUGGGAUUUUAUCAUGAGCAGUCAAGAAUGGACAGGGAUGACUAUGUGACCAUCUGGUGGGAUCAAAUUAUUACAGACAAAGAGCAUAAUUUUGUGAAGUACGACGAUGGCUACAUCACUGAUUUGAACACCCCCUAUGACUAUGAAUCAGUGAUGCACUAUGCACCUUUUUCAUUUAACAAAAAUGCCAGCAUCCCCACUAUAACAGCAAAGAUACCAGAAUUUGAUGACAUAAUUGGACAACGUCUAGACCUCAGUGCCAUUGACCUGGAAAGACUGAAUCGCAUGUAUAACUGCACUUCAACUCAUACUUUUUUGGACCACUGUUCUUUCGAGCUUGAAAAUAUCUGCGGCAUGAUCCAGGGCACCAGGGAUGAUCUAGACUGGGUCCAUCAACUGAGUGCUACAGGGCAGCAAGACCACACAAUUUCUGGGCGUUGCAGAGAUGCUGGUUAUUUCAUGUACUUCAACACCAGCUCUGGCAAGGCAGAUGAGGUGGCAGUCCUAGAGUCUCGAAUCCUUUAUCCAAAGAGAACUCAGCAAUGCCUCCAGUUCUUCUAUAAGAUCACAGGAAGCCUUUCAGACAAGCUGGUCAUCUGGCUUAAAGAGGAUGAUGGCACUGGGAAUGUUCGCAAGAUGAGGAAAAUUCAAACUUUUCAAGCCGAUAAUGACUAUAACUGGAAAAUUGCCCAUGUAACUCUCAACGCACAGAAGAAGUUCCGUUACCUCUUCCAAGGACUCAAAGGCAACCCCAGCUCUUCAUCUGGUGGGAUUGCUAUUGAUGACAUCACGCUGACAGAGACCCCCUGCCCCACAGCUGUGUGGAUUGUACGGAAUUUCAGCCAAAUCCUCAAAAAACCAACAAGUGACUUUAUUCAAAGCCCCCGGUUUUAUAGCCCUGAGGGUUAUGGUUUUGGCAUAACUUUGCAACCCCACUCCAGAAUCAGUGGCUACACUCGUGUUGCCUUUCACUUGUGCAGUGGAGAGAAUGAUGGUGUUCUGGAGUGGCCAGCUCUGAACCGCCAAGCUAUACUCACAGUGCUGGACCAAGACUCUGAUGUCUCAAAAAGGAUGUCCUCAAGCAAAAGCUUCACCACAAGCAAAGACCAUGUUAGCCCAGAGGAUAACAGAACCUUAAUCUGGGAUAAACCAUCAAUUGCUGGGAUAUUUGAUGCCUCGUGCAAUUGCUAUAGAAGUCUAUCAUGGGGGUGGACUAACUUCAUGUCCCACAGCCAGAUGAGACGGAGAAGCUUCCUGAAAAAUGAUGACCUGAUUAUUUUUGCUGAAUUUCAUGAUAUAACUCACCUCAAUUACACUGAAGUCCCUGUUAAACCUCAACAAUUUUCCUUCAUGGAAGACCUCACUCUUGAAAGGCAGAAGAGAGCAGCCCAGGAUAUGGAGCCCAUUCAAGACCAGCUGCCUUAUCUGCAAGACCCAUGUGACCCAAACCCUUGCCAGAAUGAUGGAAUCUGUGUCAAUGUGAAAGGGAGAGCAAGCUGCAGGUGCCCAUCAGGACAAGCCUUCUUCUUUACUGGUGAGAGAUGUCAAUCAAUGCAGGUCCAUGGGAACAUUCUGGGAAUAACAAUUGGUGGAAUUGCUGGAACUAUUGUUUUAACCAUCAUCCUCAUCUCCAUGAUGGCUAGACGAUAAAGAACAGCAGGGUUAUAAAUCUCAGCCUGGUGUUUUUCCAUAGUUCAUAAGACAUCAUUUUCCAGUGAAAAAUUAUGAAUACAACUUGUAGAAAAUCAGUCAGCAUAUGGAUGAAAUACUCUGUCAACACCUUGGGAGAACCUUGUUUACUCUGCAGGACUUGGCAGUUAGAGAACUGCUGCCCAGUGAAAGUUUGUACCCUGUCUCUCUUGUGCAUUCUUUGAGUGUUUCAUUUCUUCAUCCAGCAGCAAG